GGCGGCAAUAGUUUCGAUUGGAAAGAAUUACUCCCAACUAUUAGACAGACGCAGACGAAAAUGGUGUAAGAGGAAAACACGAUGGAAACUAUUAUAAAGUGUUGCUAUCUGUCAAAACUAUAAAGUUUGAAAAUAUUUAUGGCAAAAUGAAGAAGGAGAGAACGGCUGAUAACAGCCGACCGUUUAAAUUAGCUCAUCAAAUUGUCAGCCUUACGGGUAUCAGCUUUCAAAGAAAAAGUAUAAUUGGAUUCGUAGAAUUGACUAUUGUGCCACUCAGGGAUAGCUUAAGACUCAUAAAGCUUAAUGCUAAGCAAUGUAGAAUAUACAGAGUAUGUCUAAAUGAUACGUACGAGGCACCUUUUCAAUACUUUGAUCCUUUCUUGGAUAUUUGCCAAGGAGAUUCAAAACAACGGUCCCUUGAAUUCUUUUCAAACCUACAUUUGGCAGCAGCACAAAAAGUCGAUCCUGAUAAUAAUGCUGGAGAAUUGGUUGUCCAAAUACCACCAGAUGCUGCUCACUUAGUCUCGGAAGGGAGAGGACUAAGAGUUAGCAUAGAAUUCUCAUUGGAACAACCACAAGGUGGUGUCCACUUUGUGCUACCUGACUGCGAGGGAACAUUUGCUGAAAGAGGAGCUCACAUGUAUACCUACAGUUACGAAAAUUCAUCAAGACUGUGGUUCCCAUGUGUGGACAGUUUUGCUGAACCUUGCACCUGGAAAUUGGAAUUUACUGUUGAUGAUUCUAUGACUGCAGUAUCUUGCGGAGACUUGGUAGAGGUCGUCUAUACACCAGAUAUGCGACGAAAAACUUUCCACUACGUUCUGAACACACCAGCAUGUGCUCCAAACAUUGCUCUGGCAGUAGGACCUUUUGAAAUAUUCGUCGACCCUUACAUGCAUGAGGUGACACAUUUUUGUCUACCGCAAUUGUUACCAUCAUUAAAAGUCUCAGCGAAGUACAUGCACGAAGCUUUCGAGUUCUAUGAGGAAACGUUAUCCAAUAGAUAUCCAUAUUCUUGUUAUAAGCAAGUAUUCGUAGAUGAGAUUGAUGAAGAUAUCAAUGCUUAUGCGACAAUGAGUAUUUUAAAUACAAAUUUAUUACACUCCACCGCAAUAAUCGACCAAGUAUACAUAACUAAAAAAGCUAUGGCUCAAGCUAUAGCGGAGCAAUUCUUUGGCUGCUUCAUUUCUAUGCAGAACUGGUCUGAUACGUGGUUGCCGAAGGGGAUUUCAACAUACUUGACUGGACUGUACGCUAAAAAAUGUUUUGGCAACAACGAAUAUCGGGAAUGGAUACAGUCGGAAUUGCAAGAAGUAGUAAAGUACGAGGAACAGUUUGGUGGUAUAAUAUUAGAUCCAUCCCAGCCACCAGCUCCAUUGCCCAUAGCUGCAAACACACCAGCACCAGCGCCAAGAAUUCCGGACCGUGGUUUUUAUUUCCCUAUCAGAAAUUUACAUACAAUGUCUCCCAGGUACAUAGAGGUCCUUCGCAAGAAAGCCCAUCUAGUUAUCAGAAUGUUAGAGCAUAGAAUCGGACAGGAACUUCUUCUUCAAGUUUUUAACAAGCAAUUAUCACUAGCAGCUAAUGCUGCUCAACAAAAGAUUGAUUCUGGCCUCUGGUCACACAUGCUGAUUAGUACAAACGUUUUCACAAAAGCCAUUUUUACAGUAACUGGAAAGGACAUGGCAGUUUUUAUUGAUCAGUGGGUUAGAACCGGUGGCCAUGCAAAAUUCAGUCUUAGUUUUGUGUUCAACAGAAAGAGAAAUACUGUGGAAUUGGAAAUUCGACAAGACAUCACUAAUCAACGAGGUAUUCGGAAAUAUGUGGGUCCAUUAUUAGUUAAUAUCCAGGAAUUGGAUGGUACCUUUAAACACACUUUACAAAUAGAAGGUACCGUAGCAAAAGCAGACAUCACUUGUCACAGUAAAAGCAGGCGAAAUAAGAAAAAGAAAAUUCCAUUAUGUACCGGAGAAGAAGUAGACAUGGAUCUAUCAGCUAUGGACGAUUCUCCAGUACUAUGGAUAAGACUGGACCCAGACAUGACUCUGAUGCGUGCUGUGCAAAUCGAACAGCCUGAUUAUCAAUGGCAGUAUCAGUUAAGACAUGAAAGAGACGUAACUGCCCAACUGCAAGCAAUUGAGGCCUUGCAAAAUCAUGCAACGCCAGCAACACGUUUAGCAUUGACAGAUACCAUUGAGAAUGAACAUUGCUACUAUAAAGUCAGACUACGAGCAGCACAUUGUUUGACUAAAGUUGCUAAUGCUAUGGUAGCAACGUGGGCUGGCCCACCAGCCAUGUUAGCAAUUUUUCGAAAAUUAUUUGGCUCGGCAUCCUGUAGGAGGAUCAUCAAGCAGAAUAAUUUUUCAAACUUCCAACAUUACUUCCUGCAGAAGACUAUACCGGUGGCUAUGGCUGGAUUGCGAAAUACUCAUGGUAUUUGCCCGCCAGAAGUUCUUGCGUUUUUAAUGGAUCUAUUCAAGUAUAAUGACAACAGUAAAAAUCGCUAUUCCGAUAAUUAUUAUAGGGCUGCACUGGUCGAAGCUUUGGGUGCCACAGUGACUCCAGUAAUUAGUGUACAGCAAGGAACCUCUAUUACUGCAGAAUCCUUAUCCAUCGACACAAAAGCUAUCCUUGAAGAAGUGACACGCAAUUUAAAUUUGGAAAAAUUAUUACCAUGUUAUAAAUACACAGUGAGUGUGGCCUGCUUAAAGGUUAUAAGGAUUUUACAAAAAUUUGGUCAUCUACCCAGCAACCCACAUUUAUUCAGGGCAUAUGCUUCAUAUGGACAGUUUAUUGACGUGCGAGUAGCUGCUUUGGAAGCUCUUGUUGAUUUCACUAGGGUGGAUGGUAAAUGGGAAGAUAUGGAAUUCCUAUUGGAUAUGGCUGAAAUGGAUCCACAUCCUGGAGUUCGACAUAGAUUAGUCAGGUUGAUGGUCGAAAAUCCACCUUUCGAAAGGGCACACAAGCAUCGACUGGAUAAACCAGAAUUAGUUGAUCGUAUUUGGAAUCUCAUCAACGGUAUGCUGUCCCACGAUGCCAAAUUAAGAUGUGAUCUGGUGGAUCUUUAUUACACAUUGUACGGUGUAAAACGACCUCUAUGUCUUCCUAUUCCUGAACUCGCAGCUAUAACUAAGCCACGUAAAGCUGGUCCUCAUCUCAGCCCUGAACGAGAAGUAAAAGUUAUCGUGCCGCAUGUGAAGCACGAGCCACCGGCUGAUGUUGAAAUUGUCAGUGUACCGAAUAAAAGAAAAGCUUCGCCCAAUAGGGAUGUACCUGGACCUGUAAAUGUACCAGAUUAUGGUCAAGAAGUAAAACGACAAAAGCUGCAACCACACAAUCCGGAAGAUCGUGGACCGCCACUUCCUGGGGAAGGUAAAGUCAAGUCUGAAUAUUAUAGUGACAAUUCUGCAUCCCUACCUGGAAUUAUGGGAACGCAAGGUCCUGUAGGAUUUGAGCCAGGAAUGUUUAAGAAGGAAGCAGACGAUCACAAGCAAAAAGGCGAAUCUACAAACAAGGGUAAGAAGAAGAAGAAGGACAAGAAGAAACACAAGCACAAGCAUAAGCACAAGCAUGACCACAAACAUGGCAAGGAUAAAGAUAAGAAGGAGAAAGAUAAGAGCAAAGACAAAGAAAAGGAAAAGAAUAAGGAUAAGGAAUCAGGCAGUCUCAAAGUCAAAGAUGAGACUCUCAGCUCGGCAAGUUCAAGUCCAAGUCCAGAUGCCAUUACAGCCACUAAUGAAUUUGUCUUUCCGUAAACGAAAGCUAUCAAGCUUAAUUAUAUGUACAGAUUUCCAUAAAAUUUUACAUAAAUGAGAUAUGCGAAAAAUAAAUAGAGAUGUCUUCUUAACGUC